AUGACAAGCUCCACCUCUAACGAACCGGUCUCCAAGAAACCAAAGUUGACUCCGACCUCCAUCAAGGUCUACUACUGGAACAUGGCCUUUUGGAGGGCUGACGCCUUGAGAGCUGCCUUGUAUCUUCAAGGUAUCCCCUUUGACAACGUCACUGACAAGACUGAGAUGGACGAGCUGAAGGCUCAGAAGAAGGUUCCUUUUGGUGCCUUUCCUGUUAUGGAAAUCGAUGGAAAGAUUCUCUCGCAAACUCAAGCUUGCGCCACUUUUGUUGGCAAAUUAGGUGACAUGUACCCAAGCAACGAUGAUCCUUUUGCCCAAGCCAAUUGCGAUGAAAUCAUCAAUGGGUGUACCGAUGUCACUGACACGGUUUCUAGCACCUUCCGUGCGGAAGACAAAAAGUCAGCUCGUGAAAAGCUCAUGGACCCCAAGGAUGGACGUCUCUACAUGCACUUGAACGGACUCAACUCUGUUGUGUGCAAGGAUGGUAGUGAAUUCGCUUGUGGAAAAGAUAGUGAGUUGACGGUCGCUGACUUGUGCGUCUGGCGCUUGUACAACUGGUUCUACAAUGGAACCAUUGACCAUAUCCCCAUUGACUGGAUCGGGACAUCUUUCCCCAACCUCAAGACGAUCUACGACAACGUGGAGAGUAAUGAAAAGAUCCAAGCCUUCAAGAAGGAAUACUACCCAGACAAGAAGUAA